GCUCGCUAUGGCCCAGGCCAAGGUCGGCAACGCCAAGAGCAGCGGAGGAGGAGGAGGAGGAGGAGGAAGCGGCGGCGAGGCAAGCCAGCAAGCGGGCGCGGGUCAGCAGCCCCGAGGUCGGUUCUUCCGCUCCACCUCCAUGGCGGACCGCUCCGGCCGCUUGCUUGAGUGCCUGGACCAGCUGGAGCGGAGAGUUGAAGCGUUGCGUGAUGCGGCAGCUUCAAUGGAACAAGAAAAAGAAACUCUUCUGGAAAUGAUCCAUAAUAUACAGAACAGCCAGGAUAUGAGGAAUAUUAGUGAAGGUGAAAGAGAAGAACUUAAUCUGACUGCCAAGCGCCUUAUGGGCCGAACGAUCACAGUUGAGGUUUCCGUAGAGACCAUACGAAACCCUCAGCAGCAGGAAUCCCUGUUGCGGGCUACCCAGAUGAUUGAUGAAAUAGUCAAUAAACUCUUGGAUGAUUUGGAGGACUCAAAGGGCCGCUUAAUAUCACUUUACGGAGCUUGUACAUCUGAGACCCCAUCGGGACCUGUUGAUCAAAAAUUCCAGUCUGUUGUGAUUGGAUGCGCCAUAGAAGAUCAGAAGAAAAUUAAGAGACGGCUAGAGACUUUGCUUAGAAAUAUAGACAAUUCCGAAAAGUCCAUCAUGCUUCUAGAAAACCAAAGAGCAACUUCAAGGCACCUCUGCAACAAUGGAAAAGAUUAAGAAACUUUUGAGUCCCAUUGUGAAAAAAACUAAAUGUUUUCUUAAAAUAUACAAAAGCAAAGAAAUGCCAUAUUAAAAUAUAUCAUGUAUGGUCUUGUUAAUAUAGGUCACAUGCCCCGAAACUGAAGGAAGUUUAUAUGCAUCUUGUACAAAUCCUGAGGCAUUCAGAAACAAAGA